GACUUCUGAUAACGAAUUAGUUAUGAGAUCUUUAAGUCAAUAAUUAGAACUGUACAGUAAUUGACUUUCUAUUCUUCUGAGAGUGUUGUUCUGAUAGCUACAAGAUAAAGCUUCUUAUAAAAGCUGGACUGGAUUAGACGCUAAUUUAUUUUAGUGACAACACCGAACAAGGAAUAUUUGGAACUUAUAAAUAUCUUAUUUAAAGAUCCACCAUCCAUGAUGCUUGACCUAACUACAUGGAUUAUCACCACUGCCAUCGUAGUCCUGGCCUGGUACAUGCUCCAACGCCCCAAACCCAAUCUCCCCCCAUUUCCUUCCCGCCCCUUACCUUUUAUUGGACAUCUACUCACGCUGGGGAAGAACCCAAGGCCGACUUUAAAAAGAUGGCAGGAAGAACUAGGAGAUAUUUUCAGCCUGUACAUGGGGAGUAAACUGGUUGUGUUCGUCUGUGGCUAUGACCUGAUUAAAGAACUUUUUCUUAAGAGACCAGAAGAGUUCUCUGACCGUCCAAAACUUGCUGUUGAUCAGGUAAACAAAUUACCCGAAAGUGGUAUCAUAUUCUCCAACGGCGCCAAAUGGAAAGAACAAAGAACUCUCUCGCUACACAUUCUGCGAGAGUUUGGGAUGGGAAAGAACAUUUUGGCUGAAAAAAUCCAGGAGGAAGUAAAUAAAUUCCUCGACCUGUUGGCAAAUCUGAAAGGCCAGCCUUCUGACAUCAGAGUUGCCACCAACAUCAGCAAUGCCAACGUCAUCAGCUCCAUCAUCCUGGGACACAGGUUCGACUACCACGACCAGAGACUGCAAGACAUGAUCGUUCGUAUCACGGCCGUACUCGCGGACCAACAAAUCAACGGCGCGCUCAAUUUUUUCCCAAGUCUUCGAUUUCUCCCCGGGGACUAUUUCCAUAUUAAGAAGACGAAAAAAAUCGUGGAUGAUAUUUUAGAGUUCUUGAAAGAAUUUGUUGAGCAGAAAGGCGUGGUUAAGUAUGAUGAGAACAACGCGGACAAUCUGAUAGCUGCUUACAUUAAGGAACUAAAAUCUAGGAGGAGUAAAGGUCAGGAGACGUACCUGAGUGAGAUGGAGCUUGUCAAAUCUGUUUUUGAUUUGUUUAUUGCCGGCACAGAGACCACCAGCACCACCAUCACGUGGUGUCUGCUGUACGUCCUCAACCAUCCGGAUGUGCAGAAGAAGAUUCACAGCGAGCUACAGCAACAGAUAGGAAACAACAGAACACCCUGUAUCCAAGACAAGCCGAAGCUGGUUUAUUUAAAUGCUGUCAUUAAAGAAACUCAGAGGUUGGCAAAUAUUGUACCACAGGCUAUAACCCACACCUGUCCUCGUGACGUCACCGUCCGCGGCUACACCAUCCCUAAAGGAACUUACAUAACUCCAAACCUGGACUCCGUCUUACAUGAUCCUAAGAUCUGGGGCGAUGACGUCAUGGAGUUUAACCCUGAAAGAUUUAUAGACCAAGACGGGAAGUUAAAAACUCCUGAAGAGUUCAUCCCCUUCUCGAUAGGUCGUCGUGUCUGUUUGGGCGAGUCCCUGGCUGUCAUGGAGUUGUUCCUGUACCUCUCAUCAAUCUUCCACAGAUUUGAGAUUCUGCCAGCAACUCCAGGCUCGCCCCCUUCAAUGGAAUACAAGUUCGGUAUUGUGUUAGCGCCUUUACCCUAUCAGCUUAGACUUGUAGAACGGGUUUAGCGGUACACAACGGAUCUGUAUCUAAAAUCUCUUAAUAACCAAAUACCCCACUAUAUAAACAUUUUAAUGGCAAAAUACAUACGUUUUUUUUCCCUCAUAGAAUUAUGACUUAUAUCUAAUAUUUGAAACAUAAAAGUAAAAUCUCUGUUUGAAUAAAAAAGAUAAUUUAAACUUUUGGACAUUUGCAAUGAUUUGUAAUAUGAUCUAAUGUUAAAAUAUCCAAUCUUUAAAUUCUUUAAAUUAUUUGAGUUCAUUACAGGUUAAAAUCUAGGACUACUGAACUAAAAGUAGAUUGACUAUCCUUUAUAACAAUUGUUACGAUUAUUAUAUUCAGAUAAAUAUCUUGCGCUCACAAUACAACUUUGCAUUUGUUACUGUAAACUAAUUUAUAUUUAAGAAUAUAAAAAUAUACGAAAAUAUUUUCAAUGUUUAUAUAUUUUUAAAUUCUUAUUUGUAAACUAAAUACACUCAACAAUUUUUGUAAAUGCAUUAUAUUACUAGUUUAUUUUUGUUAUUUUGGAAUAAAACUAGGAAAUUUAAAAGGAAUAAAAAAAUAUAAUUUAAACAUGAAUAAAACACGCAGCUUUAAAGAAAGAGGCCAGAUCUGCGAUAAAUCAAUAUUAUAUUGAUAUAAAUAAUCUUUCUUGAAAUCUAUUUGGUGGAGGUUUUGAUUAUUUUAUGAACUCGUACUCUGAAAAAAUAAGCACAAAAAAUAUUUUUAAAAGUUUUAAAAUGUGAAUGUAUAUAAAUGGACAUUUCUUUAAAAUUUUCAAAAGCCUGAGAUGCCACUUUUUCUAGCAUAAAUGACCAGCUGCUUAUUUCAAAACAUAUGUUAUUUUUCAAUGAUUUUGUCAU